AUGGGAUUUUAUUUGGAGGGCCAGUCAUUCCGAAUCCUUUCCAUAGAGACCAAGACAUUCCUAAUUAGGGCAGUCCGGAUAGGGCCCGGCAGAGGGCCAGUCAUUUCCCACCACCAGAGGGCCAUCCCUCCCACCAGAGGGCCAGUCAUUCCGGAUCCCACCACCAGAGGGCCAGUCAUUCCGGAUCCCACCACCAGAGGGCCAGUCAUUCCGAAUCCCACCACCAGAGGGCCAGUCAUUCCGGAUCCCACCACCAGAGGGCCAGUCAUUCCGGAUCCCCCACCAGAGGGCAGUUCCCACCACCAGAGGGCCAGUCAUUCCGAUCCCACCACCAGAGGCCAGUCAUUCCGGGUCCCACCACCAGAGGCAGUCAUUCCGAUCCCACACCAGAGGGCAGCGGGCCAAGAGGGCAGUCAUUCCGGAUCCCACCACCAGAGGCCAGUCAUUCCCCCCACCCAGAGGGCCAGUCAUUCCGGAUCCACCACCAGGGGCCAGUCAUUCCGGGCCACCACCAGAGGGCCAGUCAUCCGGAUCCCACCACCAGAGGGCCAGUCAGAUCCCACCACCAGAGGGCCAGUCAUUCCGGAUCCCACCACCAGAGGGCCAGUCAUUCCGGAUCCCACCACCAGAGGGCCAGUCAUUCCGGAUUCCACCACCAGAGGGCCAGUCAUUCCGGGUCCCACCACCAGAGGGCCAGUCAUUCCGGAUCCCACCACCAGAGGGCCAGUCAGAGGGCCAGUCAUUCCGGAUCCCACCACCAGAGGGCCAGUCAUUCCGGAUCCCACCACCAGAGGGCCAGCGCAGAGAGAGACGGCGCAGCGCGGAGAUAUCGCCUCGUAA